UCGACGGCGAGGAUGAGGGGAGGACACCUCCACCACCACCGGCGGCGGCCGCUGCCGCAGCAGCACACAUCAUCGUUUUGGAGAACACUGCAUAUAUCACACAAUGUCAGCCAGGCAGGAUAUAGCCAUCACAGCCACGGAUAAAGUUGAUCUACUAGACCUUUAUUGGCCACUGAGCAGCCCACUGGAUGAAGAGAUCCCUGUAACUCUCAUAGCAACCCAGGGAGCAUGUUGUCCUAUCAAGCAUCAGCAGUGUUGACAGGUUUGCAAGAGACAAAAUGAGCAGAUCCACAUAUACUACUUACAACAGCCCUAGUCAGGCGAUAGAAGAUAGCAAAAAGAGAACAUCUCUCUUGAAGGACAACAGUUGGAUCAAAAAACCAGAUGAAGAGGAUGAAACCGUUGACCGGGACCCAAACUUUGGGAGGAGUGUUUUGGGUCGAUACAAGACAACUGAAACCGUUGUGAGUUCUGAGCCAUCACAGUCAAGUACAUUUACUUCAAGAACUUCAACCACUUCAGCCAGCUCAGUUGGAGCUCUGACCAAGAGAUUUACUACAAAUCAAGAUGAACUGGAUUCCAGUAGCAGCCCGACCAGGACCUCUUACACCAGGAAUACUUACUCAUCAGUAACAUCUCCCAAAAGUACUACAACAACUACUGUCACAGGAGAUGGGAAAACAACUGAAACUACUAUUACCACCACCACUCAAAAGUCAUCUAACAAAACUGACUCAUUCACAGAGAGAGUGUUUUCAGACAAAACAAAGGGGUCACUUUACACAAGCUAUUCUCCAAGCAAAAAAACGACAGUAACUGAGACAACCACCACCAGCAGCAGCUCCAAUGAUGGCGGCAACAAACUCUAUGACUCCAUGAAGGACAGUGCAGAGGACAAGCUUUAUGAUACUCUCAUUCCUUCAACAAUUAAGGACGAAAGCAAAAGAAUUACCACUGAGACUGUAACUAUCAGCAGCAAUGACCUGGAUGAUGUUGAAACCACAACCUCUACAAGAUCUUCCACUUCAGCAGCUGAAGAUCAAUUGUAUGAUACUCUGAUACCAUUAAGCAUAUCUAAACCAUCCACUCCAACGAGCUCCAGUAUUACCAAGAGAGACAUCUAUUCAGUGAGCAGCAGCGGAAGCGACAGCCCAACUUUUUCAUCCACCACCCGAACCAGCAGCUACAGCUCUUACACUGAUCCCUCAAGUCGCACUUCAACCUACACUAUCAGCAGUAAGACUAGGAGCGAUGACAUUAUGGGUGACACCUACUCCAGAUCCUCUGUUAAAAAUAUAUACACUGCACCAGAAAGGCCAGUCCUAGAGAAAGAUCUGUGCAGCAACUGCCGUAAACCCUUUAUUGGAGAUGCAAAGAUUAUCCUGGAUGACAGGAAGAUCAACUGUCAUGCUUCCUGCUUCAAAUGUGAAGUGUGCAACAGCACUCUGGGUCAUCUGAAAGCUGGGGACAGCAUGUGGAUCUACAAAAACAUGGUGCACUGUGAGAGAUGCUAUGAGGUCACCAGAGAUAAAUGGAGGCGUUAACCGGUACGAUAAAGAUUUUACAUGAAGAAAACAAGCACUUACCUUUAAUAAUUUAUGUUAUUUUUAAGAAGGGAAUAGAAUAUGCUACAGGUUUUGUUACUCAUACUUUGGUGCAUUCGCUUUUUGAUUUCCAGGCUUUCCUUUGCUGGAUUUAAAGCAAUAUUUUGGGCCGGGGGCUUUUGCUGUGUGCAAUAUUUUGUCUGCUUAAAAAUAGGCUUGCACAGUUAUUAUAGAAUAACUGUAUAGACUAAAGAUCAUUUAUGCAACUGUAUUGUACUACAGAAAUAUCAAUGACUAUAGCCUAUUUUACGUGCAAAAUUCUGUUAUAAAGUGAUGCAUAAUGUCUGAUUUGUCUGUUUUAUAUUGUGUCCUCGGGAAGCGGCUAUUUUAGGGUAAAAUAAAAUAUUCUAUAUUGAAAUGUGGGUGCGGGGUUAUUGCAUUUAAUUUAGUCCUUGUACAGGGGACAUAUAAAUAAAACGUUAAACGUG